UCAAGAUGGACGACUGCAACUUAGAUAAACUAGUCAUAAAGCCCGGCAAAUUGUCGCCUGCGUUUCAUAAAGACACAACAGAAUAUAAUGUGACACUAGCGAGCAAUGUGGAGAAAAUUCAUGUUGACCCUCUCACCAGUGAUACGGGUGCAUCAUAUUGCAUUUCUGGAAGUGAUGGUGGCAAGGAUGUUCCUCUAAAAGAAGGUCAAAUCACUGACAUUAAGAUAGAAGUCACUUCUGAAGAUUGUACCAUAAAGAAUUAUUUUAUACAUGCUAAAAGAUUAUCAGCAAAAGAUGCUACGUUGAGUGAUCUAAAGUUAUCAGAUGGCGACUUAUCACCAGAAUUCUCUGACAAUGUAUUUGAAUAUUCUUGUUUAUUACCCUGCAAUUCAGACAAGGUGACAGUAACACCAGUUGCACCUGAUCCUAAAAAUGCAAUUCUUUUGUGUGGAGAAAAACCAGGGACAUCUACACCUCUUAAUGUAGGGGAGACAAAUGUCAAGAUAGAAGUUACAUCAGCUGAUGGAUCUAAUAAACAGACUUACAGUUUAGAUAUUAUACGGAAGCCACUACCCAGAUAUGUCAAGAUAACAGAUGAUAAUUUAGCACAGCAAUAUGAAUGUCCAAUAUCACUGAGUCCAAUAUACAGACCUAUAUCUAUCAAAGCCAAUGACGAAAAACAUACAUAUUCAGCACCAAAUAUUGAUGCAUGUACUCGUACAUCUAAAAUUGACCCUCUUAGUGGAAUACCAUUGACUGGAGAAUGGAGAAUUGUGGAUUAUGAACUUGAUAAGAAAAUGGCAAAUGCUCAGUCUUGUAUUCCUCUUACAUAUGGAGGAACUAGUGAAACAAAGAAAUAUUCAGAAUUAGGAAGUAUUAUCGAUAAAACUAAUGUUGCACCAAAAGCAUUAGAUGUAAAAGACAAAUUCAAGGAUGUGACAGCUCCUCUUAAUCAUACUGUUCAGGUUCGUAAAUGGGAGAAACAAAUGCAGCAAUGUUUUGAUGAUCUUGAAGAUCUUAAGAAAGCUGGUGAAGAGUAUAUUCAGGAAUAUUUUAAAAGUUUACCUAAACCAGGUGAGUCUAAACAGUAUGAUGAUGGUUGUACUCCACUAGAUUAUCUACAGAGAGCUUCUCACUGCUUUGCAUCCGCUAUUAAGUUAAAACCUAAGGAUCCUAAUCUACAUUUACAGUUAGGAAAGAUAUUAGAAGAAAAAUACUAUUGUGAAGAUUUAUUUGGUCAGAAAAAAGAGGAGCAUGAAGCUCUACCUUCAUUAAAUCUUGAUGCCAAGGAGAGCUCAAGAGAUGAGGAAUGUGCAGCUAUCUGUAAACUGAGAGGUGUUGAUGCUGCAGCGGCACCGAUUGCUCUACAACUGAAAGCUAUUGAUCAGGAAUAUCAUCAUCUGUUGGAAAAUGGUCAGAGUGUCCAGGCAGAUCGUGUUAUGGGUUUAUUUGCAUGGAAAUCAAAGCAAGCAUCUCAGGAAGGGAUGGCAGCACAAAAGGCCACAGAUGAAGAGAAUCCCCUUGGACAAGCUUAUUUGAAAUACAUGGAUGCAUUAGUAAUAGAUGAAGCAAAAGCAGUGUUUAAUUUCCAUGUUGGUCGUCUCUUAGUGAUACAGGGUAAUUUUAGUGAUGCUGCAAAGAGAUUAGAGGUGACAUUGAAUUGGAAUCCUAAUUACCAAAUGGGAAGAUUUUAUUUGGGAUUAGCUUUAGCAUUACAAAAAGAAGGUCCAGGAGCAAGAGUUAAAGAAGCUGUUAGUUACUUGUUGGAGGCCAUGGAAACUUUACUGACACAGAAUACUAAGUUUGCUAUGACAGAUAGGGACCCAAGGGAGAUAACUCCAGAAUUGCAUUCAGACAAUCUAGUCAGAUCUAAUAAUGUGCAUUUACUUAGAGGUAUUGUACAACUCGGACGUCUUCUUAUACAGAAUGCAGACAUUAAGGAAUGUAUCUCAGGAAAAGAUGUUCUUCAUAUAGCAGCAUUACUGGCAGCUCAAGUCUUACCAAAUAUUUCCAAAGGUGAUGCAUAUAAACAGUUUGAAUGGGUAUUACUAGAAUCACAUGCCACAUUGUUAGAAAUUCUGAUGAAGAAUGGCGGGAAUGAGAAACUGAUCACACAAAGAUGUCAGAGAUUGUCAUCUCUUAUAUUCCACUCUACACUGCCUAUGAAUGAACAAUUAUUGACAUUACAAGAAAAGACCUGUCAGAAGUUAGUACAGAUACAGCCAUGUAAUGGACAUUCACUGUAUUUGCUUGGCCUGUCACAAUUUGCUCAGUAUGAGAAUUGUCCACCAGGAGAUAAAUCACAACAGAUUUUAAAGGACUGUAAAUCUUCAUAUGAAUCAAGCAUUGAAUUGGAAGGCAAACCUACAUCUGGAAAUGCUGUUGAAAAAUUAGUGGGACAAACAUGGUGGCAAGAAAGACUUAAACAGGAGGAGGAAAAGAAGAAAGCUGUAGAGGCAUCUAAAGCUAAAGCAGCACCAACUCCUGCAGGCAGAGGAGCUCCAGCUAGAGGCGCACCAGCUGGGAGAGGUGCUCCAGCCAGGGGAGCACCAGCUGCUAGAGGGACUCCGGCAGCAAGAGGAAAAGGACCAGCCACUCCAGCUACAAGAGGUGCUCCUGCAGGAAGAGGUGCCGCUAGAGGAACUCCAGCAAAAGCAGCUGCCCCUGCCAAAGUUCCUGUUGGUAAAACUGUUGGUAAGCCUGCUGCUGCUUGUCAUUCACAACCUGCUAAACAAGAAAAGUCAGAGGAAAAGCAACCAGAGCCACAGACACCACCUGCUGCGACACAGAUUUCAGAUAAUAAGCCCUCCCUGGCAGCUCCUAUUAACAGAAAGACAUACCAACCGCGUCUAGGUCUGGCAAGAGCUCACAGAUCAGCUGGUGAAAUAGAGGAAUCACAAAAAUCCUACAAUGAAGUGAUUGUCAUGGCUCCGGAGAUUCAUGAUGCCUACAUUGAAUUGGCAGAGAUGUUAACAGUCAAAGACCCCCAAGCUGCUGUCGAUGUGUACUGCAAGUUUCCAUUGUCUGAGACCCCAACAUUUGAUGAUGCCUAUAUCAUAGGAGAUAUUGUCAGAUUGUUGAUGAAAGCAGAGAAAUAUGAUGAUCCUAGAUUACAGACUAAUAUGAUAGCUUAUGGAAGAGUCCUGGGUUUAGGUGUAUUGGAAAAGUAUGUCAAAAUUCUAGAAGACAAAUUCAAGACUAAAAUAUUGAGAGAGGUAUAUGCUGGUGUCAACGGCAAAUCUGUUGAUGAUCCUGAUAUGCAAGCUUUCUUCAAGUUCAAAGUUUGGGUGUAGACAGAAGAUACUGAUCUUUAGGAUUUUUAAGUUUGUAGCAAAAUAGCAGGAUUUAGUGUAAGAAUACAUUUUACGAUUCAGGUAAUCAGGGCACUCUGAAAUCUUUUAGCCAGUAGAAUUCCAUUGGUAAUUACCAAGAUAUUGUGAAGAGAAUAGACAAAAGAUAUUGAUACCAAAGCAAAGUUAUUGAAUGUGUUUCCAGCAAUUGAAAUUAUACUGUCUUAUUUCUUGUCAGUCUCUUUCCAUUAUCAUUCAUUGUUUCAACACUUGUAUCAGUGGCAUUUAUGCAGAUCUUAAAUAUGAAUAUUUUGUCCUCAACUGGUUAACAUAUUGUGUAUACAUGUGUUUUUUGUUAAAGGCUAUAGGUUCAACUAUAUAUGUCAUUUUUGAAUGUCAUUGAGUUCCAGUCUCAUUGAUGUAUACCCAAAUUUAUAUUUAUCCCUAAAUAACACUACAUGAUAGAAGUUUGUGUUCUUUGAUAAAAUUUUAAUUUAGAUUUAUAUUUUAUAUUUUUAAUAAGGCUUUGUCAUAUAUUUUCACUUAUUCCGUCCAAUUGUAUAAAUUUUGUUACAUGUAUAUGCUUUUACAAAAAUAACAGCAUAAUGUGAUAGUCAAUCUUACUAAUAUAAUUUCUGUUAACAAAUAUACUUAAUUAUAUUGUGUAAUUUAUUUUGGCAUUGUUUAAUCAUAACAAAUUUUAUAACAAGAGAGUUGUUAUAUAACUCCUCAUGCAUUUGUUAUUUCAGACAGUUUUAAUGUCAUCAUAUGAUCUGAGGCUUUUAGAAUAUGUAGGGAUAUAAUAAUUGAGUUUAUAGAGUGAGCAUAAUUUUGACAGAUGUGGCUAUAGGUAUAAAAUGAUGAUAUUAUAUGGAGGAAUCUAGACAAUAAAUCAAAUAGCAUUCAAAUAGCCAUAACAAAAAACAAAUAAAGUAUGAGUUAUUAAAUUUAUUUUGGACAAAUGCAGUGUUUUGAGUAGGAAAAAUUUAAUUAAGGAAAAUGACUUCCUUAAUAGUGUAACUAAAGGUUUUUUGUUUUUGCCUAAUAAUGCUAGAUGGUCACUAUUGGUUUGGAUACCUCAACAACAUAUAUUUAUAAAUUGGCAGUGAUCUGGAAGGAUUUUUUCUCUAUGGGCUCAGGGCCCCCAAAAAUAAAUUCAAUGGGCCUUUUUUAGAAUUAAUUGGCCAUGUUGUCAAAUGAGUAAGCCAUUCGUUAACAAUAAAAAAAAAAUUAAAAAAGUGUAUAUUUCACUGUACUUACAAGUAUGAUUCUAAUUAAUAUCAUGGAAAUUGUUCCUGUGAUUUUGUUAUUUCAAUUUCAAUGAAUAUACAAUAACUUCUUCCAAACCGGGCAAUAUUUACGAUAACCUUUAUUUACAAUGUUAAAACUGGUACUGUUCCCUUGUUCAUGUUCAUGUUUUUUUUACAUUAAAUUUGGGUCUUCGUCGAUACCAUACUUAUUCCAGACGUUACGUAUUAGAGGAUGUUUCUGGCAUUUCCUCUGCACUUGUAUUAUUAUUACUUCAUCACGAUGACAAGAAUAACAGUAGAGAGCAACGUUAAUUGAUAAGACACGACAACAAUUCGCUGCAGGCAUGUUUAUGUCAAAACGAGCCAAAGUCCAAAAAAAUUGACAAGGACAGUUAAGCCCCUUUUAUGGAGACAAAUACUAUGCUAUUCAUAAACAGGCUUUUGGAUUUUUCAAUCGAUAUAAUAGCAAGCUUACUUAAAAGAUUAUAAUUAGAGAAGAAUUCUCGACUGUACUAGCUAAUUUUCACAAAUUUAAAGUUGUUUAUAAAAAAUUAUAUCAUGAAUGAUGGUUAAUUACAUUUUUUGGGUAAUCAGUCAUACCGCAUGUUGCUAUUAUUACCAUUUGAAAACACCCGAGACGUCCCAAAAACAUAUAGGUGCUCCUAUCAUUGGAGUUGUGUACUCACACAUGGCGGCACGAAAUACGAUCGGAAAUCCAUUUGACGAUAUCUCAACGUUUCAAAAUGAAGUGAAAAAUAUCAUGCGCCACGCGGGCGCUUACAUUUGUCACUCUAUGCGCCAUUUCUGGUCGAUAAGCGCAAUUGGCGCAAGGCGCACGUCCUUCCCGAUCACUGAUUGGUGUUUUAACAAGGGUACAAUUUAAAGUUCUAUGUUAUAUGUAAAUUUUGUUGUGCAGAAAUUUUGAAAAUAAAAAAAAUAUAUAUAAAAUGUGUAUUGUUGAUUUGUGCCAAACAUUAUUGAGUAUUGUUGAGUGUUUAUUUUUGAUGAUAGUUUUUUUUAAUUUAUUUUCAAUGUUUAUGUGUCCUUUAAUUGAAAGUAUUGGUGCUUUAUAACAUUUCUGUCUGGUUACCAGUUUCAUGGAGUUUUUAUAUUUUGUUUCCAGCCAAACAUUAAUGUCUAGUAUUACAUGUCUCACUAUUAUUCUUUUGUACAAUUCUGAAUUCUUAGAUUCUUUUACAAGGCAAAAUCAAAAUGACAUUGAUAAUAUAAAUAAAGACUCUGUUCUCUUGGUGAAUUUUUUUCCAUGAUUGAUGAUUUACAAGAAGUAAUAAAAGUUAAAAUGUUCAUUAUUGUUUAAAUAGUCCAUUUGAGUUCUAAAACAGAAUGUUUUAAAAUUUCAAUCAAAAUUUAAUAUAUUUUAGGUGAUUUUAUAUCCCCCAUUUUCUUACUGUUAGAGGAAUCUGACAAUUUUUGAAGGACUUUUAAAUCAAUUACUAAAAAAGGUUACCAAUUAUGUCUCUAUGGUAAAUAGGUAUUGCACAAACCACCCUGUACAGAGGGGGUAUAUUUUGUAAUCAGAACAGCCUUUUAAAUGUCACUAACUGUAGUACUAUUCAUUGGACCCCAAAUAAGACUCUUGACAUAGAUAAUCUCCCCUUUGUUAUUUAUGUUGCAGUUGCUGUCAUGAUUAUUUCAGUCAUUUCGUUAUUUAUUAUGUACUUUGUCAAUAAAUAUUUACUAUAAGUCCUAAUAUAGACUAUCUACAAGUCCUUAUGGACAACUUUAUAAUAAUUGAGCCAAUAAAUUAAUUGUCAGAGUUUGUAUACUGUAUAGAUAAAGAUUUAUUAAAAACAAAUUAAUGAAUUAAUGUUAUAAAAAAUCUACCUAAUUUUUUAUGAUUUAUUUUUUCAGAUUUUUAGGUGUAUUUUAUGCAGUUUAUCUGUAAAAAAAGAUGGUCUGAUGCUUAUAAGAUAUACAAACAGAUAUUUGACCCCUCUUCCAUUUUGCAUACAUAAGAUUAAAUGUCCCUGGACGUGCAAUGGGUCAUUUUGAUAAUCAUAAAUUCAACUGAAAUGCAAUAUAUAUGCAAAAGAAUCAAAUCAAAGAUGUAAUGCACUUGAGGUCACAAAGUACUCUCUCAUUUCAGAAAUAGUCUCUAGAAAUCUUUUAAAAGAUUUCCUUUAUAUUGAAUUGAUUGAAAUUGGAGUUUUUAUGUUUGUUUAAUCUAGUUUGACUUAAUAUUAGAUUUUGAUGAAUAUUGUUCAGGUUUCAAUGAAGAAAAUAGAUUUUAAAAUCAUAACUACAUGUUCUUGUAUUUGAUGAGUGUAAAAUAUGUCUUGGGUGUUUUCAAUAGAUUAAUCUUGCAAGGUUUGUAAUAUGUGUUUAAGAUCAUAAUGACAGGUUGAAAAACAGAUUUCAAGAAAAUUAUUCAGACACAUUUCUUUUAUUUAUCAAUUAAUAACGUCAUCAAUGGUAUGUUUUACACUUAAAGACAAUCAGAAAUCAAUAGUUUUCAUAUUGAAAUGAUUUCAUGCCAGGUUUUAAUGAAAAAUGUCAUCUUGUUUAAUAAUUUUUCACAAUAUAUGCUGUAAAACAAUACUGUUAGUAAUUAGAUUUGUUUCAGAAUUAUAUUUAUUUUUGUAAUAAAUUGAUUCUGCUUA